AUGUCUUUACGCGAUACCAGAAUUCUUGUCUCUAUAGACUUUGGAACAACUUUUUCAGGCUUUGCCUAUGUUCACAAAGGUGAUUCGAUAAGAAACCCAGAUAUUGUAACUAAUGAUAUUUGGCCGGAUAGCGUAGGUGACUACAAAACUCCUACAGCACUGCUAUAUGAUAAAGCUUAUAAAGAGGUUAAAAAUUGGGGUACUUCGGCCUUGGAGGACGAAUCCGAUUAUGAUUACGAAUCAGAUGAAUUACGCCCUCGUCCAGUUGAACUCUUUAAAUUGUAUAUAUCCGAUUUAGAAGAGUAUCAAAAACCUUGGUUGCCUCCGCAAUUUGAAUAUAAAAAAGCGAUCGAGGAUUAUUUAACUCAAAUGCAACUAUGCAUUAAAUAUACGAUAGAGAAAAGAUUUCCAGGAAUUAAUUUUCCGCUACAAGUUGGAUUGAUUCUAACCAUUCCUGCUGAAUGGCCACAUCAUACCACAGCGAUUAUGCGCAGAUGCGCAUACAAAGCUGGCUUAAUAAAAACAUUAGACUCAACUAACCUUGAAUUUACUACAGAACCGGAAGCAGCAGCUUUAUAUUGUCUAGGUGUUGUUGGGGAACAUGGUCUUCGUCCCGGAGAUACUUUCUUGGUUGCAGAUUGUGGCGGUGGUACAAUCGACAUAACAACACAACUUCUUCAGGAUAACAAAUUAGUUGAAAUUACUGAGCGUGUCGGCGAUUUAUGUGGUAGCACAUUCAUAGAUAAAGAGUUUUUACGUUGGCUUGGACGUAAAGUCGGAUUUCAAGCAUUAGAAAAAUUAAAAUUACAUAAUUAUGGACAAAUGCAACAUUUGGUUCAAAAGUUUUUUUGUCCUUUAAUUAAAUUUAAAUUUAAUGGUAACCCGGAAGAUUUUAGACAAGUUAAACUUAAUUUAUUCAAAUAUUGUGACGAGUUACCACAAUAUAUUAAAGGAGAACAUAGACAAAAUUUGGAAAACAUUGGUUGGACGUUAAAGCUUGAUUUUACAUCGGUGAAAGGGAUGUUUGACCCUGUCAUAAAUAGAAUAUUAGAAUUAAUUGAGAGUCAAUUAGAUGACGCUAAUGAACGAAUUUCUGCAAUGUUCUUGGUGGGAGGUUUUGGCGAAUCUCCUUACCUCCUGCGCAGAGUAAGAGAAACCUUUGGAAGCAGGGUUCCAAAUAUUUCUGUACCAGUCAACUCAAAAGCUGCGGUCGUUAGGGGUGCUAUAGUAUACGGCUUAAAUAUUGACGUUGUAAGAAAGCGUGUUCUUAAAUGGACCUAUGGUAUCCAGGUUUGUCGAGAUUGGGUUGCAGGUGAAGAUGACGAAGAUAGGAGAACACCUGAUGGAAAAAUAUUUGAAUUUCGAAGAAUGGUUAAACGUCGAACUCAAGUAGAAGUCAACAAACCAUUCCCAGAAACUUGUUACCCAGUUAAACCAAAUCAAACUAGUGCAUUAUUUAAAAUUUAUUAUACUACAAAAGAUGAUGCUAUAUAUUGUGACGAAUCUGGUGUUAAAUUAUUAGGAACAUUACGAAUAUUAAUGCCAGAUAUCAAAGACGGUCUUAAUCGUCCAAUAGAAUUUUCAUUAACGUUUGCUAGGUUGGAAGUUAAAGCAACCGCGAUAAACAAACGGAAUGGAAAAAUAUAUGAUGAAACAAGUUUUGAAUUGGAUAUUUGA